UCGUGUCUAACACGCGUGUUUUCACCAUUCAUCAUGCACUCCGUGUUCCGAAGUGGUUUGUUCGAAGGGAAAGUGGCCAUUGUUACUGGCGGUGGAACAGGCAUCGGAAAAGCAAUAGCUAGAGAACUGAUCUACCUAGGCAGUAAAGUUGUGAUCUCCUCUAGAAAAGAGGAAAAACUACUCAAGGCGGCCGCGGAACUUUCGCGUUAUAUUCAACCUUCCAGCAGCGCUGAAGUUAAAGUCAUACCUUGUAAUAUUCGAGAAGAACAACAGGUAAUUUUAUCAACUAUUUUGUCAUCUUUGAACAUAUCCGUGAAGCCAACUUCCAGUGUGAUUUUGAAAGAUGAACUAAUUGCAUAUACCAUAUUUUCUUUAUUUACAAUGUUACUACUAAUGUCUUGUCAUUGACUUACUGUGAACUGGAGUUUUAUUGCCGGGCAAGGGAGGAGUUGCUCCCCUGGGAUAAAAUUGCCUAUUCCGGGCAUUCAGAUAGUAGGGCAUGGGCGGAAAAAUAAGUAGGGCGCGGGCGAAAAAUUGCUCUCCUCGCUCCCUACCAUCUGAACGCUUGGAACAGGCUACCUUGUUGACCUUUUAGGGGUUCACAUUACAUUGUGGCCUGGAGCUGGUUAGAGCGCUUUAUAGUCUAAAAUUAUGACCAUAAGAGCUGGAUCUAAUCACCCCCCAUAUACAUAUAACUACCCUAUCCCCACGCCUUUGGUUUACUGGAAAAUCAGGAUCGGUCUAUUAUGAUUCCGUUCUAAAUAUUUUAUAAAAAAGGAAAAAAGUUAUCAUGUAUGGGUCCCCAUUCCCUAAUCCUUGUUCCCCGAUCCCGCUUUUCCAGGAAACCCAACCUCUUGUGAUAUAUACAUUCAUACAUUGCCUUAGAACACCAACAAAAAGAUUUUUUAAAAUCCAUUUUGAAUUCUUAUACUCUUUGUUCUUUGUUCCCAUAGUUCCCUCAAAAACCAUACCUUAUUCCAGACCAAAAUAAUUGGCAACGUCAAUACCUGUUCUUAGAUUGAAACAGCGCAAAAACCAUACCCUUUGGGCAGCACAUAUAGUACCUAUAUGGCUUAUGGAAGGGAGUACCCCUAGGCUUAUUCAGGUGUUUAGAUACAUGUACAUGACAUCUGUAGUCCUCAAACAGCUGUCAGCAAGGUGAGAAUGAAGCUAAACUGGUAAACCCACAAUGAAUCCUCACAGGCUGAGACUGAUUCUCCCUGAAAUUCCAAAGGCCCAGAACAUAACCCCAAAAAUUCAAGUACAUCUUGGAAGGUUAAUUUUAGGGUGUUGAGUUUUCAGUUGAUUAAUAGUCUACCCUCUGCAAUUGGGAUGGUUAACCUGUAAAAUUACAGUUACCGGUAGUGACAAAAAUUUUACUUUUGUCUCCUUAUAAAGUGAUUAUUUUCUAUCUUUCAGGUAACCAAAUUGGUUGAAGAAACCCUUGCCUCUUAUGGGAAAGUUGAUUUUCUUGUGAACAAUGGAGGAGGACAGUUCAUGUCACCUGUUUCAAACAUGUCAGCUAAAGGAUGGAGAGCUGUUGUUGACACAAACUUAAAUGGCACAUUUUUGUGCUGCAAGGAAGGUACAAGAAGAAGUUCAAAGCUUAUGAUUUAUGACAUUUUUUGUGAAUAAUAUUAUCUUGUAAUAAUUUAUAGUGAAGUCUGAGAGAACCCAAGAAAGAGAUCAUGGUUAAUAAUUUUUUACAUGGUAACUUUGUUUACAUGUACAUGAAUGUAUGCAGUGUGAACACCUUAGAGAAAUAUUGUUCUCCCGCUAGUAGGUGCGUAUAUGUGUAAGGGCACGAGUCUCCUGGAUAUGGCACUAAAAUCUCCCAGUCCCCCUGACAGGUCACCAAAUCUUCUGCAUACAUGAAAAAUUAACUUUUUUGUUUUUUCUGUGCUUUAGUGAUGUAGCCCAAAUUUUUUCAAAAUUCAAACACGUUUUUGAUUUGAAGUUUUAAUUUAGUUUCUGAAAUGAUUUCCAAUGCUUUUAUCAGCAAAAAAAACCUCUUUUUUCACUCAGUACUUAAUUCAUGGAAGGGACUAAUGGCUAUUAUUUUUCUUUUGUUUUUGGUACUUAAAAUGUUCUGAGGCACACCCACACCUAAUUUAUGAUUGGGAGAGUGGGUUGAUUUGUAUGUAUCGAGGGUUGGGUGGGUUGAUAUUAGGAAGGUUGGUACUGCAUCAGAGACAGUAUCCAGAUUUAAAAUCUCCAGAGCUUGGCAGUGACAGUUGACUAGUAAUAGCUGUCCAACUGCAUGUUUGACAGCAAAAAUGUCAAUGGCAGGUGUUAGGGGGAGAAAAGCAUGAAAGGGAAAAAGGAAAUAUACGUCAUUAAGUUACUCAUUAGGGCUUAGCCAAUCAGGAAUUUGCGGACAAAAGGAAGUCCUUGCAGGCAUCCCUUACCCUCUCCCCAAUCCCCCUCUCCUUUUCCCCUUCUCCUUAUCCCCGAUCCCUUUUGACACCUGUUAGGCAGGCUACAAGUUUGCACCCUAUACAAACAUGCUCUUCUGUCACAUGUCCAGGUGCAGAUAAAAAUCACAGCAUACCUUUCUUCUGUCCUUCUUGUUUAGUAUAUAGAUUGUGGAUGUCUGACAAUGGUGGUUCCAUUGUAAAUAUUAUUGCGGACAUGAGUAAAGGUUUUCCAGGGAUGGCGUAAGUAUAUAUAGUGCACAUGUCACUUUGUUGCUUUUUGUUGUGUUAGCUGUGCAUUUGUAUACUGACACUUAACAUAACUGUGACAGAUCAAUAAAAUUGAGUAUUUCUUGGUGUUGUGGAAACUACUGGUAAUAUUGGUAUUUUAAGGUAUUUUGUUUUAUUAUUAGUGUUUGUUACUAUUGUUCAUUUUUUUUUCAAUCUUUCGUAUCAGAGUCUGUUCGUCAUAUUUCGUUGAUUGCACAAACCACAACAGCAAGAGACUAGUUAGACUUGCAUCUCUGAUUUCUGCCAAAUGAAGUGGAAAUCAUUAAGGAAAUGUUCAACGGUAUGUUUCCUUAUCAGGAAAAAAAGCCACAGGCCAAAAUUUUGUAAGUUUUGCACGCCUCUGAAAACUAGCAAAAAAUCAAGGGGACGUUUCUGCCCGCAAAAAACAAUGAGGCUACAACCAGUUGAGACACUACACCGUAUUUUGGCUUAAAUAGCCUGGCCAUGAUCUUGUGCUUGUGAUCCCUCCUCUUGCUAGCAAUACAAGACCAUGCUCAAAACUUGGAAGAACAACUUUGAAAGGAGGGGAGGAGGAAGGUGAGUAUAACAUUGCACAGAAGUGUAACUAGCAGCGAUUUGAAGUGAGUGUCUCAACGUUUUUGUAACUGGUCAGUGAAUACCCAUUCCAGUGGCUACAGUUUCAUACCAAUACACCCAUGUGCUGUAUUUGUGACUUGCCAUAUCAGAGUAUCAUUCAUUCUCUUCACAAAAAAUUACAAUUGUCUGUUGUCUUUCCGUUUUAUUGUUUAUUUUACAAAUUAAGCCACACUGGUGCAGCACGAGCAGGAGUCCAAAAUUUGACCAUGAGUUUGGCUGUGGAGUGGAUACGAAAUGGCAUAAGAAUCAAUUGUGUAACUCCAGUAAGUUCUAUAAAGAGUGAACUGAGAAAAUCGUACUGAACAUUCCCUGUAUGGAAAGUGAUGCAACUUAAAAGCAACAACACAAACUGUACGCCCAGCUAUAAACAAGGGACAUAUCCAUAGAUACAGAAAGAAAAGUUCAUAUUUGUUCACGGUAUGUUUAGGUUGGAAAUUUUGGAGCAAUUUGUUUUAAGCCUUUCAUGUACGAGGUUCAUGACGACAAAUUGAGGACAACAAAGUGAAUUAAAAAUUUUCCAUUUUCAAAGAAAAAAUUAAGCCAUGUUCAUUGCCUGGGAGGUGCUCUGUAGUAAUUCUAUUUCUACUAUUUAUAGACACGUUGAAUAACUGUUUAAACUUUCUUUUAAUUUGGUCACACUUCUUUUAUGUUUACUGGAUAUCUCAGUCAGGGGUGUCCGCUCACAGUGACAUUCAAGUAAUGUAGCGUGUUCCGGGUAAGCUUAUCCUGGGUGCCAGAGGCUUUUCAUGCGCGGUUUCCGGUUUCGGUCAAGUCUUAAAAAGUGACCCGCACGAAAAGCUUUUUUCUCGCGAAAAGUUUUUCCUCGCGGCUUCGCUGCUCGUGUCUUCGGCCUUCGGCCGAACACGUGUCGGCCUGCGGCCGACGAAACGAAGCUCCCCGACGUACGCGAGAAAAAACCUCUUGUACCCAGGGUAGGGUAAGCCACAUUAUACACUGUAUCUUAAAAUCUAUAUCAAAUUGAACCUUAUUUAUACGGCUGUUAAUCAUUUUUUUAAACAUCACACUGUCGAUUUUUUAUUAAACAGUUUCAUCAGAGAGAUUGAGAGUCACGUCAACGGCCAACGGCAAACGUCAGAUUCAAGUUGAGAAUCUCUCAAAAUAGAAAAUAACCAGAUAAAAACUGUCCAGAACAAUUCCUUUGUGUGAAACUACUUAUUUUUGUGUAGAAGUAAUAAACAACAAGCAACAAUUCAGGGGGAAACUUGGUCACGUGGUACCAAUUCACGUUCGCCUUUUGGCGUAAACGUGACUUUUACCGGGAAACGGUUCAGUUUGUUUUCUUAGAAUCUCAACCUUUCCCGAGGCCGAAACAGUAUAUAUGUCGUGUGACCUCGAACUGCAAUGAGAGCGCGUGCUAUUGGGAAAAAAUUUCCUGCUGUAUAACAAUGAUUUGUAGAUUCGAGCGUCCCAAUCAGUUUAACCGGAACGCGCUACAUGGCUUGCACGUGAGACGUUAUGCAGCGUUACUACCCGGACCAAUGUGAAAAACGUCUUUUUUCCGCACGCUCGCAUUUAAAGAUUGUUAAAAAAUUGACAGGGCGAGAUUUUUAAACAAAUGUAAUUUUUCUUAAAACCCGUGCAAACGAACGCAACAUUGUUAGAUGUUACAGUAUGUGGUCCUUGGUCCGCUCAAGUCCCCGAUGCCCUUGGUGCGCGUCUUUUCCGAAAAUGAUAAAAUAUUUCGUCAAGAAAAAGAAUACGUUGAAUAAUGAAAGAUAUCGUGAUUUACUGAUUAGCAUUCUUUCAUAUGACGAAGUUUCAGCCUUCUUACUGCGGGUGAAGACGCGAAAUUAAAGUUUGUUGACAGGUAGGUUAAUUUGUCUUUCUUGAAGUUUGGAUUUUUGCGGCACCGUAAAUUACGUGGUCUUGUUUACUUAGCCUGCGAAUAACUAAAACGCAACGGGAAGACUUGCCUUUUGGCAGAACAUGUUUUCAGAUCAACUUAUUUCUGCUGUUGGGAGCAUAUUGCUGUAGACGCUGAAUUUUUUGUUUUAGCGACUCUUGAAAAAUAUCACCAAACUUCGCUUAGCGGUCCUUGGUCCGCGGCCUAUGACCUUGGUGGACAAAACUUUCCAAAGUGAAAAGCGACGGCCUUUGUUUUCGAAGAAUGUUUUAAAAGUCGUCCCUAUACAUGUCUACAAGUUCUCUUUUUUAAUACCUCGAGUACAUAUAGAGUUUUUGGUAAUUAUUUUCGACCGCGCUAAAAACCGCUCGUCGACGCUCGUGUAAGAGACUCGAGGAGACUGUUGUCUGAAGUAUUUGAAAGAAAAGCGGAUUAUUUUAUGCUCACAGUAUCUUCCGAAAAAAACUUUAGCUUAAUUGCAUCAAGAAAAGAAAAAAAUACAAGAACUACUGUGAAAAUCACGUUUUCGUGGGGAAACUAUAACAUUUUUAAGUUUUUAUCGUGCUGCUUACCUGAGACGCGGACCAAGGACCAGAUUCGCGGACCAAGGACCAUCGAAAACGGUCGCCUUUUUGCGAAUUCCUAGCAAAAUGUUUAUGUCUGGAACUUGAAACUUCAGGAUUAUCGACAGGAACAUAAAAGCUAUAUUUAGGGAGUAUUUCAGCUCGUUAAAUGAAGAUUCGGGUAAGAUAUUCAAGUUAAUGACUUUUACACGCGGACCAAGGACCACAUACUGUACAUGUUGCGCCCGUUUGCACACCACGUUGCAUGUUGUUGCGAGUUUCUUGGAGUACUAGUUGUUGCAUCCGUUUGCACACCAUUGCAACACGGACGCAACAACACGCAGCAUUGUUGGCGCCACAAUGUUGGGAAUUUUUGCGUCCGUUUGCACGUAGUUUAAAACAGCCAGGUCAGUGAGCUUCAAUUUGAUAUAGGGCUUUAGGCAUCUGCAGCUUAACCAGAAUACACUACAUGACCAGCACGUAGACAUCCCUGAAGGUGUCCAGUAACCUUAAAAAGUCUUUGUAAAUUUUUCAUAGCCUACAAAAGGUGUCAAAUCAAUUGAAUGUGCAUUGUACUUCUAUUUCCAGGGUGUUAUCUACUCUGAAACAGCUGCUCAGAACUAUGCUGACCCUGAAUUGUUUCAGAAGUUGCGUGAUAAGCUGCCAGCUAGAAGGUGUGGAACUACAGCAGAGGUGAAUUUUGUUGUCGUAGAUGUACUGUUUCAUUGGUUUGCCCUGUAGGGAUCCCCCCUGUAGAAUAAUCGACUGAAUGUAUUGUACUCCCUUUCUGUCUUCUCAUUGGCUAAGAGCCUACAGUUACCAUCGCAACCUACAAGUUAGUCAUUUAUCUGGUAGCAGAUUAGUGACUAAUCUGUAGGUUGCGCGCGCAAUGCGUAUUUUUCAAGAGUAAUAUCAAACUUUGAUCUGUGCGACGGUGUGUUUGUUGUUGUUUUCUCAAAACAAAGUACAGUGAAACCUGUAUUAAGCGGACACCCUCGGGGAAUGCUGUAGUGUCCGCUUAAUACAGGUUUUGAUAGAUAAUGUCAUAUCGGAUGUCAAAUGCCAUUCAAAUGAACAGUGGAAACGUUUAGAAUAUUCCCAGAGACUAUGACGAUAUACGUUUGCAUUAAUUUCUUUACUAAAGUGGACCAAUUGAUCAUAGUACCAAAAGCAUAUAUUACAACUCAAAUUUGAAGAAAUCAAAUGAGUGAAACAAGCUCUACAGAAACAAAACGAAAUAGAAAACAAUACUGUACUGUGAAACUAAUCAAAUAAGUUCGUCGAAUCACGUUUCUUAUGUAAAAAUCGAAAAAUUUGUGUGUGACAAUCUUUCGCAUUUCCGGCGUCUAGCAUGUUGGGCGGUGGAAUUUAAUUACAAGUGUCCGUUUAAUACAGGUGGUCAACAGUAGAAAUGACCAUUGAAGGUACUUUUUAGGUGUCCCCGUCUGCGUAAUACAGGUGACUGCUUAAUAAAGGUUUUAUGUAAAGUAAAUAAGGGAAACAAAUUUGGGGACUUCGGCUACUGUCCGCUUAAUAGAGGAUGUCCGCUUAAUACAGUGUGCCCUUAAUACAGGUUUCACUGUAUAUAAAAGAAGCAUUCGGUUUUUCUGAUAUCCGGAAUAAUCAAGGUCUCAUUAAGUGUUAUCACCCCAAGCCAAAGGCCUUUGUGUGUUCUUCGCUUCGAUAAUUUGAAGUUUAGAGUCGAAAAAUGGGCAAAAUUAACGAUAAAUAGCCCGUGUACAGCCGCCCGGCCCGCUCAUCAAACAGUGAACGAUAACAGUGACCCAAAAAAAUAAGAUCGAAAGACUACCGAAAAUAAAAACGAAGACCCCAAACAUUUACCGAGACCUUGAAGCUUAAGCUUUUCCAGUUAUGCGUAUUUGUGCCCGUUUUUGGCCUUCAUUUUCUUUUUUUCACGAUAAGUUCAUUUCUUUUGCCUUCACAUCAGGUUGCAGGGGCAGUUACCUUUCUCUUGUCUCCUGCUGCAGCCUACAUAACAGGAACAACAAUUGAUGUAGAUGGUGCUUCUAGUAAAGUCUAUGCCUCUCUGUUUCCUUCAGGUAACAAUUGA